AUGGCAAUUAGAGUUCAGUUUGAAAAUUCAAAUGAAGUUGGUGUUUUUUCACGACUAACUAAUUCGUAUGGUCUUAUUGCUUUGGGGGGAUCAGAAAAUUUUUCUAGUGUUUUUGAAGCAGAAUUGUCACAACAUAUUCCAAUAGUUUAUGCAACAAUUGGAGGUACAAGAGUUAUAGGUAGAGUAUGUGUAGGUAACCGUAAGGGACUACUAGUUUCAAGUAUAUGUACAGAUCAGGAAUUAUUACAUUUAAGAAAUUCUUUACCUGAUGAUGUUAAGAUAAAACGAGUAGAAGAAAGAUUAUCAGCUUUAGGAAAUUGUAUAACAUGUAAUGAUUAUGUCGGUUUAAUACAUACAGAUAUUGAUAGAGAAACUGAAGAGAUAGUACAAGAUGUAUUAGAUAUAGAGGUAUUUAGAACAUCUAUAGCUGGUAAUUUAUUAGUAGGUACAUAUUCAUAUUUUACAAAUAAUGGUGGUUUAUUACAUGCUAUGACAACUUCUCAAGAAAUUGAAGAAUUGUCAGAACUUUUACAAAUACCAUUAAUUACUGGAACAAUAAAUAGAGGUAGUGAUCUUAUCGGAUCAGGACUAGUUGCAAAUGAUUGGUCUGCAUUUUGUGGUAUGGACACUACAGCAAUCGAAUUGAAUAUUAUAGAAAAAAUUUUUAAACUUAAUAAUAUAGAAGAUACAAAUAUUGAAGAUACCUUUAAAUAUAAAUCCUCAAUUGUUCAAACAAUGAUAUAA